CAGAAGAAGAACCUCCACCCGACGCGGAAGCUAAAGCAGAGACGGGCCGGCUAAAGCUAAAGCUCGGCUAAAUCAGCUGAAGGAGCAGUGGAGUCUGGAGCGAGUUGUGAGUCCUGAAGACUUUCUGUCCGUCAGCGUGAAUUCACUAUCUUCACUUCUAUCGAUUAGGAUGAAAUCAUAAAACAUGGCGGUGCAGGUGUGGUGCCUGUCGUUCCGGCAGCCGUACGCCGGUCUGGUUCUGGACGGCGUGAAGACGGUGGAGAGCCGCUGGCGGCCGCUGCUCGCCGCGCUGGAGAGCCAGACGCUGGCGGUGCACAUCGCCCGGCGGGACUGGGACGGGGACGAGUGGCAGGCGGUGCUGAGCGGCCCGCUGGGGCUAACCCCCCCUCAGAUACAAGCGCUCCUCCAGUCCGGGGAGAGGUUCGGCCGGGGCGUGGUGGCUGGAUUGGUGGACGUGGGCGGGACCUGGCAGUGCCCCCCCUCCCUGCAGGGGGCGGAGCUUAAGGAGCUGGAGCGCUCGGCUGCUCUGAUUGGUCUGCAGGAGAAACACCUGACCCGGCUGACCAACCCGCGCUGGCUGAAGGCGCCGCUGAGCGCCCGGGGGGGGCGCGACCUCUGGUCCGUGGAGAUCCCCGCAGAACUGUUACCAUGACGAUGCACACGCCAAAGACUCUCAGGGCAGUUACCAUGACGACGGACAGACGGACUCUGAGACGGACGUCUCUGGUCUGUUGCCGAGGUUUUGGGGCUUUUUUCUACAUUUCUUUUUCUAUGAAGUCUGAAGUCAGAGAUUCCCGUCCAGACCAAGUCCCCAUGGUCCCAGACCUGUUCCUGUCCAGACCAAGCCCCCAUGGUCUGGACAAGUCUCUGGUCUGCUGCCUUUAUAUUUUUUAGACGUUUUUUAAGGUUUUUUCAACGUUUCUGUCACUUUGUCUACGUUUCUUUUCUAUAACGUUUAGAGUCGAGAUCAGAGCAGAGACGAGUGUCUUCUUUUGUCUUUCUUUUGCAUUUGUGUGAACAUUUUUCAUUAAAUUUCCGGAAACUUUCCAUGGAAAGUUUAGCUGGGGAAUUUUGGAAACUUUUAUGGGAAUUAAUGGAAAUUUUGAUGGGAGGUAUUUCUUGGGCAGUCUUCACUCAGCUGCUGAAUGAUGGAUUCUAGGAAUCCAAAUAAGUGGGCGUGGCCUCUAUAGCCCAGCAGUAGGCUAGCCCAAACCAUUGACCGUUAGCUUAGCAUAUGAAGGUAGCUAGCAUGCUGCCUUUGAUUUAUUAUGGUUAUGGUUAUAUGCGUGCUAAGCUAACCAUCAGCGCUGUCUAUUGUUUCCAGCCUAUCAAGAACAAGUGGGCUAUACAAUUAACACUCAUAGGUUAAGUAUUACCCCCCCAAAAUUAAAUAAACUACCGUAUUUUAAGAACUAAAUGACCAGUAUGUAGUAAUAAUAAUAAUAAUAAUAAUAAUGCAUUUUAUUUAUAGGCGCCUUUCUAAACACUCAAGGUCACCUUACAAAAUCAGCAAUAAAACAUUCAAUCCAUUAAAAAGCAAUCAGAGAAACAGGCAAUAAAAUAUAAUACUAUUAUCCCUUUAUUAUACAAAAAAAGGGUGGGGUCAUUACAGUCAAAGCAAAAAUGAGGAAAAAAAAAAAAAGAGAAAAAAAAGAAAAAGAGAGUAAGCCUGUCUGAAAAGAUGAGUUUUUAGGUGAGAUUAGAAAGUGGUUAUGGACGUGGAGUGUUGAAUGUAGUGGGACAGAGUAGCUUCUGCUGAUGAAUAUAGGGAGGACGUUCAACUGAAGUUGCAUUAAAUCAGGUUGUUUUAACCAAGAUAAUGCUGUAAGAUCCCUGUUAUAGACUAACACUAUUAUAACAAGCAACAUUACAAAUAUCCAGUUUAUUCCCGUUAAUUCCCAUUUAUUCCCGUUAAUUCCCAUGGAAAGUUUCCAACUUUGAAAAUUCCCGGAAUUUUGCAACCUUUUUUGAGUUUUUUUAAAAAAUAUUUUUGUGUCUUUAUUGACGUUUGUAGCAUGUUAGCAUGUAAAGGGUUAGGGUUGGGGGGGUAGUAGAGUUCAGAGCAGAGACUCGUGUCGAGAAGCAAAACAAGCGUGAGAAACGUGUGAAGAAGUGGUGACCUUGAAAAGGUGGAGCUGUGUUCUCUGUAAAGACUUUAAAUCUGUUUUGUUAAUAAAGUUUCUUUAAACUCCA